AUGAACAUAUCUGCGACUACUACUGCUGUCACGAAUGAGGAAGUCGCUGUAUCUGCAAGAUGGUCAGCUCUCCGUGCAGCGGCCACCAGACGUGGUGGUGCUCGUCGCCUGCGCAGGGAAAUGGCCGCACUGCGGGAGACACUCGACGAUAUCUGCGAACCUGGGGACUGUGCUCCACAACCUCACACCAGGGCUCAGCUACAUAGAAGAAUUGAGGAACUGAAGGAACGUCUAUCUCGUCUGCUAGAAUGCAAGGUGUCGAUGCUGAAGCUGACUGUGUCAGUGCGUCGUGCACUCGGUGACAUGGAGAACGAUGACGGAGGACUGGCUGCUGACCUGGCAUCACUGCUUUCUGCAUGGGAUGAUGCUCAUCAACGGACUUCAAACGAACUCUUAUCUCUGGAAAAAGCGGUUUGCGCUUGGGCGGAAUGGGAAAGUGCUCUCCGAGAACUCCAGGGUGCUCUAAGAGGAGACCUGGCGACAUUGGAAUCCCUAAGGGACCGUGGCGCUGGUGGUUCAACAUGCGACUCCUUGUCCGACUCCGGUAUAUCGGACGGAGACAGCGACGGUGCUGGACGACGUGCCAGACGGCUGAGCGCAUUGCGGGAACUAGCCAGACGGCUGCAAGCUGCUCUGGCACCUAAUUCGCCAGCUCAGAGAGCUAUAGCAAAGCGUAUGGAACAAACUGAGAAUGAAGUGCGCACGUUGCAAGAAUCGUGCCGUGCGCUAGUAGAACUCAGCAUUCCGGAUCUUAAGAUUGAGGAGGAAAGCAGGGACAAAACGAUUGCGGCCGUGACAAGCAGCAAAACUGGUUCAGGCGACCCUGACUACAGUCCCCGUGGAGGUUGGGUGUGGAGAGUCCUUCGGUCCUCGUUGCCCAUACAGUUGUGCCUCGUGGCCCUGCUCCUAGCCGCCUGGCUGGUCGAACGCCCACGAUGCUGCGACGCCCUGAACUCUCUAGCUCAGACCCUGACUCCUCAACUCCGCUACGUACGCGGCCCACCACCAGUCUGA